GUUUGUACCUUUUGUUUAAUUAAAACCUCUUUUAUUUUAAAAUCUGCACUUGGGUCCUCCUUCAACUUUUCCCCGUCGUGACAACUACAGGUACUGCAGGACUCUAAGAAAACCUGGCAGUGGAAGCCGACUGGGAGCCUCCCCAGCUUGUUUAUAAGGAAGUGAGCUCGCCUGCACAACAGCAUACUUCCCUGUGUGUGUGUGCAGGCGAGAGUGUGAGCCAGAAUGAGAGCCUUCGUCCUGUUGGUGUGCCUGUCAGCGGGCUGCCUGGCUGAGAGGCCGCAGCAAUGCACAUCCCCGGAUCUGAUGACUGGAAUGCUCUCUGUGUCGAGCCAAAGUGAGAAGCUGACGGCAUUUGCCAAGUUCACAUACGAUGCUCUGGGUAAGCGCAUCCGCCUCAGAGAGUGUGGGGAGUACAACAAUAAGACCUUCCACCUGGAUGUGCUCCUGCUCUUCAAUCAGGGUGUUAUGUAUAAGAUCAACAACAAGGACCGCACAUGUUGCAAAAAGCAACUGAGUGCGGAGUUCCAUCCGCUGCAGAUCCCAAAGAACUCCACCCUGCUGGCACAGGUGGUGUUAGGAAGCUCAUCCGGUCCAGGACAGGGUGUACUGGUCAACACCUGGGCGGGGGAGAUGCAGCUAAAGAGGGGACGAGCAAAGUACAUGAGCACUGUCACCGAGUUUGGAUGCGUUCCAGUCAGCACUCUGUUUCAUACAGACAGAACAGGAUGGAUUGUGACCAGCUUCUUCAACAACGUCAUCGGGAUCACAGACCCUCAGAUUCUCAUCCCUCCAGCCUUCUGUCGGGGAGCUCGGCUGGAGAAAGAGGAUGGAGAGGAGCCAGAAAACUUCUUCAGCUUGUUUUAAAAUGUCAGCACAGUGCACUAUGAUGACGACAGUAUAUGACUCAUUGCACUUCUGUUAUUUUCAUUAGUCUUUUUCUUUGUUUUCAUAUAAGCAGGCAUUAGUACAGAGCCAAUAGUGAUCAAGCUGUCUGUGAGUCAAAGACUUGUCAUCUUGUAAUCAAUACAUUUGUUGGGGGUGUCAUAUUCUUUGUAUUUGUGUUUCUAUAAUAAAGUAAGAAUUUGACAAGUUAAUUCUUACCGGUUCAUGUGAAGUGAGAGAUGAUAUGCACUUUAUAACUGCACUUGAAAUCCAACACUAGGAAACAGUUCACUACAGCUGAAUGUUGAAUCUUUUGUUUAUUUCUAUCAUUAAAAUGAUUUCCCUGUUUU